AUGAAGCCAUCUUCCACAAGCUCCGUCGAUGGCUUCUACAGCUUCCUGAGUCGUAGCAUAGACGAGCUCGAACGUGCUUACCUCUCCAACAACUUCUUGUCAAUCCAGUUCCUUCAAAGGGUUCUCUCCCUUCUUCGAUCUUUCCAUUCCCACCUACUCCUCCUCGUCCAAAAGCUCCACCUUCCCGUCGGCGAUAAGUGGCUCGAUGAGUACAUGGACGAGAGUUCCAAGCUUUGGGAAGCUUGCCAUGUCCUUAAGUUAGGUCUUUCGGGCCUCGAAAACUAUUACUCUGCGGCUUUUAACAUCGCUUCUUCUCUUGAAACUCAUCCCCAUCUCAGCCCACAACUCACCAGACAGGUCAUUAGACCAGCCCCUUAUUGGGUUUUUAAUGGGUAG